AUGGACCAUAGAUAUGAGAUUUCUCAAACUCUCAGGAAAUGUGCAGCAUGCUAUAAGACGUUCAACACAAUGGAGUCUCUAGUUGAACACAUGAGGACAUCAUAUCAUUCAGUUCAUGAACCUAUGUGUUGGAUUUGUGAAAAACACUGUCAAUCUUUUGCAGCUUUGAGACAACACCUUAUUGGGCCAUUACCAAAGGCUAAUUGUGAGAAGAUUUUCAAGGAACUAGGAUGUAACAUUUGUUUGUCACUCUUUGCUAGUCGUAAUGCACUAUGGGCUCACAAAGAAUUAUGUCCAUUGUCACGCUCAAAUAAUGGUUUUCUCUAUCGUGGGCUUCGAAAUGACUUAAGGAUUGACAAUAUGCAACGAAAAGUUGUUGCUAUUUCUUGUAAAAUAGUAGGUGGUGGCAUCGAUGGCGCUAUUGACCUUUGUGCUAGAGUAUGUCUAAUUGAUGAACAUGAAAGAAUCCUCUUUGAUUCCUACGUCGAACCAAUUAGGCCAAUCACUAACUACAGGUAUGAAACAUCGGGGAUAAGUCCUCUACACAUGAGGGGUGCAAUGCCAAUAAACCAAGUAACAGGAAAAAUUCAAUAUUAUAUUUGUAACGGGGAACUUCUUUGGCAAAUUCAUGCUGGAAGUGGAAGGGCUAGGAUCCUUGUUGGUCACGAUUUGGAUCGUCUUUUUAAAUGCUUAGGACUCCAAUACCCAUCAGUAAUGAUAAGGGAUACUGCAAAAUAUCCUCCACUGAUGGACACAAACAAGAAUAGCAAUUCACUCAAGUACUUGACCAAAACUUAUCUUGGGUAUGAGAUUCAGACAAGAGUUCAAGAUCCAUAUGAUGAUUGUGUGGCAACAAUGAGGUUGUACAUGAAAAUGAAAUCACAAGCUCAUAAAAGGGAGGAGUGGCCACUUGUUAUUGACCCAAAAACUUGUAAUAUUUUUGGGUCAUGUAAGCAAAGUGAAUUUGAGAAGAUGACACCUGCACAAUUGUUGGAAAUCUCAAGGUCUAAUUAUUAUUGUUGGUGUUUGGAUUCCUACAUAAAUUGA